UUACAAACUAUAAAUAUGUCUUUGAGAUAUUAGGAUCGCUUAUAGAUUGUGAACAGCAGACAGCAGUUGCUGUCGAUACCAAAUCUGAUGCUGCUGUUGGAAACAUGACAUUGUGACAUCAGGAGUCUGCCUCUAAAGCACCAGACUUGAGGAGCAGCUGACAGUCUCUUUUUUUUUGCCGCUGCUGCUGCUGAUGAUGCUGCAGCUGCGAAAAUGCUGCGAUUCCCUGUGAAGAAAAUACGAAAACAGUUCAAACUUCUGCUGCUGCUGGUGCUGCUUACUUUUGCAGUAUGGUUUACGUACCUGCACAUCAACCAGGGCAAAUCCAUUAAACUCCAUUUCAACUAUGGGAAAGAUGGUGAGAGGCCGAUGGAGGGAACCGACACCAGCCAUAAGAGAGACUCGCGGUCAUCAGACAAGUACCGCAAAAGCGAAGAUGCCAGCAACAGCCAGGAGGAGGACAACACACAGGAAGAUGAGCCCAACGCCAGCACUACUCACAACAAAGAUCAAGCUGAAAUUCGCAAGUUGCUUGCACAGAAGUACAAAAAGUUGCCAUGGAAACCAGAGUUUAAGGGUCAAGCGAAUCUCCACGUGUUUGAAGACUGGUGUGGCUCCUCAGUUGCUCAGCUCAGGAAGAAUCUACAUUUUCCUCUCUACCCCCAUAUGAGAACUACUGUAAAGAAGUUGGCUGUGGCUCCAAAAUGGAAGAACUAUGGCCUGAGAAUAUUUGGAUACAUUCUACCUUAUAAGGAUGGUGAUUUUCAGUUUGCGGUUUCUUCUGACGAUAACUCUGAGUUCUGGUUAAGUUCAGAUGAAAGUCCUCUCAACGCCCGACUGCUGGCCUAUGUGGGGAAGCUGGGAUCGGAGUGGACUGCACCAGGAGAGUUUACUAAAUUCAGGUCCCAGGCAUCCAAGUCUGUGCAUCUGAUGGCCUCCAGACGAUACUACUUUGAGAUUCUCCACAAGCAGGACGACAAAGGUUCGGAUCAUGUGGAAGUCGGGUGGCGCCCUUUCCUGCCAGGACUCAAAUAUGAGGUCAUCGAUUCUGCCUACAUCUCCUUGUACACAGAUGAGAGCAGUUUGAAGAUGAACCAUGUGGAUCACAUUCCGCAGACACUGGCCAGCCACAGUCGUGUCCCAGCAGAGACCCACACCCACAGCCAACACGGCGCCGAUAUGCUGCAACCGGACCCCCGCGACACCUUUUUCAACAUUCCCAUGAUUGACCCUGCUCAUCUUGAAAAUGUGCUGCCCGCCUGUCUCUACUCUCCAACAUAUGUGGUCAAAGACUUCCCUAUUGCCCGUUAUCAAGGACUACAAUUUGUUUAUCUUUCUUUUGUCUAUCCCAAUGAUUUCACUCGUCUCACCCACAUGGAAAAAGAAAAUAAGUGCUUCUACAGAGAGUCACCCAUCUAUCUGGAAAAGUUUGGCUUCUAUAAAUAUAUGAAGAUGGAUGAAGAGGAAGAUGACAGGCCGUUUUUCUUUCCUAAUCCUGAUGAUUUUCUCGAAGAAGAAGAGGGAGUGGAUCCAGAUGAUGAAGCACAAGUUGUUGGCACCCAGUCAGCAAAGAAAACUGUCCUACCUAGCCAGUCAACACACACCUUAAGCCCCUCUGGUAAACCUGUUCCCACAAUGCUGGAGAGAAAAGAAGUAGAACCAAGCAACCCAGCAUUAAGAAGAGAGCAAAGGCGCUUUUUUGCCAGAGCAAGGCAGCUGGUAGUGCCUGAAGCUCAAGAGGUGGAAAAAGACACUCCAGACCAUCAAACUAAUGUAGGGUCACCAAAAAGUGAGAGUGUGGUGAGAGGUCGUCUUCUUGCUUGGGUUCAAAGAGACCGCCGAGAGGGUUGGUCGGAAGAACGUUCCCCCAAAAUAAGUAGAUCAGCUUUGCUGUUCCCACCAAAAUCCUCAUUGGUUGGCCUCAAUAAUCGAGCUAAGCAAAUCCUCAACAACCCAAACCCAUCACCAGCCAACAAUCAUGCUCACGACAACAACCGCAACCCUGGAAACAUCCACGCUAACAAAGAACGCAAGAAGGAGGACAACAAAAUCUACGUCACAAGACCGCGACCUGCUAAGGAGAAGCAAGGUCUUGCUUCGCGCCAUCCCAGAGAGGUCUUCCCUGGUGUUUUCCUUUAUCAAAAUGGCAAAACAACAAAAUUAGUAAAUCUCAGCGCCAAACCGAAGCUCGGCAAAGGACCUCUACGAGCAUCGCAACUAUUCGCACGAUCUCCUUUGCAAGAGGCCAAAGUGUUUCCAGCUAGCCCGAAUUUUAGCAACCCAAUACCCCCAAAUAGAGCAGCAAUCCCAAGCCACUUUGAGCGCAGGAUAAGAGGCGUCUGGGAGAAACACCAGCAUCCUUUGAGGCCCAUCACCACUCUACACCCCACUCCUCAGUCCUCUAACUCCUCUGAGAAUGUGCCGCCAACCGAGCCUGUUCGUGUCACUUCCUAUUUGCACACCUCAGAGAUUACAGAGUCCCAACAGCAGCGGCCGGACACAGACCCAGAGCCGGAAGAGGACGGAGGUUUGUCGGAGUACAGCUAUGAGGAUGUGGAACCUCGGCCUGGAUGGGCAGAAGAGGCCAUAAAUUGGCAGAGGACAUUUUCUGUCAACAGCAUGGACUUUGAGUCGUUGCGCUCCGACUGGAAUGAUCUCCGCUGCAAUGUGUCAGGAAACCUGCAGCUGUCUGAAAGCGAAGUGGUGGACGUGCUUGCUCAGUACAUGGAGAAACUCAAUGAACGCAAUGGAGGGAUCUACACUCUCCUCCGCAUCAUAAAUGUAGAAAAGCGCCGUGACUCUGCACGGGGAAACCGCUACCUGGUUGAACUGGAGUUAAUGGAGAGAGGCCGAAAGAUAGUCCGCCUUUCUGAGUACAUUUACAUGUUGUUGCACCGUAGUCGGGCGGAAGACAGUCUGGAAAAUGUGGAAGGGGUAACAGCAUCGUCCCCCUCUUCUCCUGUUGCCAGUCCACCUGCUCCACCAUCUCACACACCAACCCGUGGGGCCCGCGCCACCCCUCAGUGGGGCACAGUGUAUGCAAAACCCCUGCUAUGCCAGCCAGUGAUGUUGAAGUGGAAAAAAGAUGUCAUGGUGCAUUUUGUAGUGCCAGUCAAGAAUCAGGCUCGUUGGGUUCAGCAGUUCAUUUCAGACAUGGAGUUCCUGCACCGUGAGACAAAGGACAACAAUUUCAACAUCAUCAUUGUGGACUUCCAGAGUGAAGACAUGGAUGUGGAGCAGGCCCUCAGAGAAAGCACUGUUCCACGAUAUGAGUAUCUAAGGAGGGAAGGAAACUUCGAACGUUCUGCUGGGUUACAGAUUGGUGUGGAUACCAUAGAGGACAGUCACAGUAUCGUGUUUCUGUGUGACCUGCACAUUCAUUUCCCUCCUAACAUUCUGGAGAACAUCAGGAAACACUGUGUUGAGGGCAAACUAGCCUUUGCACCUAUAGUGAUGAGACUGGGCUGUGGGAGCUCACCACUAGAACCUGAUGGUUACUGGGAGGUAAACGGCUUCGGCCUGUUUGGGAUCUACAAGUCAGAUUUUGACAAGAUUGGUGGGAUGAACACAGAAGAGUUUAAGGACCGCUGGGGAGGAGAAGACUGGGAACUGUUAGACAGAGUUCUCCAAAAUGGUCUGGAGGUUGAGCGCUUAAGACUAAGAAACUUCUUCCACUACUAUCACUCCAAAAGAGGCAUGUGGAACUCACAGUCUAGUAAGACUCCUAAAUGACAACAAACUGGAGCUCACUGAGAGAGAUGUCAAAAAGAAACUCAGCUUAAAAAACAGGACCUUGAAGGACCAAACCAUUGUGUUCUCUGAGACCUCGAGGGGGACAUCUCAUAAAGGUGGACCAGCUGCUGUCCAAACUCAAAACACUCAAAGAGACUCUCAUUCAUUGAGUGUAUUUGUACGUAUCUUUGUCCGUUAAGCUGGGAGUUUUUCGGUGAGUGAAAAACUUGAAAAGAUUGUUGAAUAAUGUAAUUUGGAAAUUGUUUUAAUGGAAGCUAGCAGCAUGGGUGCGUUCACAUUUGGUUUGCACUUAUGAUGUUACACGCUGAAAUGAUUGUCUCAAGGUUUUUGAUGUGCGCUGGUACUUAGACGUCUGCUUUUUAUAUUGCUGUAAAUGUCACUUCCUGUUGAGGCGUGGCAUCUUCUUACACUUGAACUGUAGAAAUGAUCUGAUACGUGGACAUUGUUUAUUUCUUUUGAAAAAUCCUGCUGAACUUGUGGAUAAAGCUGGACCAAGAACAGUGAUGAGAUGAAAAGUAUCCGUCUUUGUAAUUGUCUGUACGUCUGCUUCCUUCCCUCAAAUCGUUUUUAGAAGAGGUUUAUUAGCAUACGGAUACGGAUAAACCUUUUCAGACUGCUGUUUUAGUCUGGACUAAGUUUGUACUAGACUCUAUCUCAUUGAUGCUGUAUUCAUUUCUACAGUCUUUAAUGAUAGGAGAAAAAACAAAAACAAGCAAAAGAUGUUGUCCAGAAUCUGUGUGCCUUUCUUUGACGUAUUUAAAUGGCAGUAAGAUGGAGUUCCUGAUGUUUAGCUUUCUGGAUUGUGUAAAUUUAAGGAUAUUAUUAGCAUUGUUUCAUGGAGAUAUAUGAAUACUAGAAACGUUUAUAGAAGGAAAAUAACUCCAAUAUUCUGAAUUCUCCUGUUACUUUAUAAUUUAAACACAUAUUUAUUGUUUGGUCCAUUUUUACAAGAAUGUAUGUCAUUGUAUUUCUGUACAUUUACCACAGAAAAUUAUUUUGACUCCUCCCCUAAAGUGUAGACA